UUGUUUUGAGAGGAAAAUACAACAAAGAAUAUCGUUUACACGUAGCGCGUCAAUUCUGCAUGGUAUAAGACUCUGUCGCUCUGUAUCUUUCUUUGGGUGUGUGAGACAAAGUGACGGCUAGUCGUGUGCCUUCACACUAGAGUUUACAGCUCGUCAAAUACAGAUAUAAGAAGAAGUAUUUUGAAUGAAUGCCAAAACAUGUUUCUGAUUCCUGUGAUGCUACUUUUACAACUAGGAUUCCAAGAUGCUCUGAAUGCUGGAAUCCAGCAUGAGAUUGAGAAUGCAAGACUCCAACAGCCGUUUACUUUAAACUGUACCUACAACUGUUCCAGUGGCUUCACUCGUGGUUACUGGACAUGGGAAAAGACUCCAGCAUGUAACAAGUGCUGCUGGAAGGAAAAAAGAUCAAAAUUAAGAGAUACAUGCACUGUGAGCUUGUACACACCUGAACUAAUUAUGGAGCAAACACAUUAUAACUAUUCUUGCUUUUCUGAAGAGAGUGACCGUCCGGGCCUUCCUCGUAAAACAGAGCUUCUGGUAACACUUCAAGUUCAUGAUGAAUCUGAAGAACAAGUAAUACCUCCUAAAGGACUAGCUGAUCCAUCUCUGAGAGUAAAGCUGUAUAGGGGUCAGACGGAUGAAGUGCUUACAUCAUUAUCUACCAUCGAAGUGAUGGCAGGAACCUCACUCAAACUUCACUGUGUUGCCCUUGACAACAAACACUGUGAGGUGCAGUGGGUCAGAGAAAACGGAACCCUCCCCUUGACUAAAAUAACUGACACCAUACAGUGGAAUGAAAUCAAAGCAGAGGACAGUGGACGAUACAGGUGCCUCACAAAAGGGACCUGCACUGUCCAGGCUAUCACUGUGGAAAUAGAAGUCAUCACAUUGGAUGGAAUCGCCUGGGCCAAGAUCUUUGCAGCAUUUGCAGUGUCUGCAGUAGUUAUCCUGACGGCCCAUCUGGUGUAUUUGUGCUACAGAAAAGGAUGUAAGAUCAUGGAUUCUGCUAACAUAGUCCAUGAAAGGGUUACGCCCAGAAGUGCUGUGGUGAUGAGACCAAUCGCUCAAGACAGCCAGAGUGAUCAUGAAGUCCCUUAUGCUGACAUUGUGAUCUCCGUGAGAGGAUCCAGCAACCCGGAUCUAUCUGACACCUUUAGCCAUACUUCAAAAAACCAAAGACCGAGAUGGAGGGACGAGGCCAGAACAGGGCUACUUCACGCUUCAGCUGACAGACUGCACAUCCACUCUAAAGAGGUCACUAGGAAAUUAAGCACAACGUCUGAAUAUGCUGUAAUUACCUACUCCUGUGAAGCUCUUAGUUAGUUACUUUAAAAAGCUGUACAUCUGAUUAAAAAAAUAGAAGGAAUAAUGUGAAAA